CAUUCAAAGCAAGAGCGUUUCUCUCAUGGAUUCCCUUCUUUUAGCCAUCUUCGUCCUCAUGGUUACAAGUGCUCAUGCAGCGAUACAGAACGCAACGUCUGCACAAACUUACUGGCGAACUAUGCUUCCCCAAACUCCCAUCCCUUCCAGCAUCCAGGAAGUUCUACGCCAAGCGAAGGAAAUGAAAUCAUUUGACAUUGAGAGAGCCCCAACUGUUUUCAUUAGCUAUAAAUGCGCAGCUAGCGAUGCGCAAAUCCACAAUGACCCGAACGUUCCGCUCUUCUUCUUAAAAAGCAGCCUCAAAUCAGGAACAAAGAAGACUCUCGACCUCACCAAGAUCAUCUCAACCCCGCCUUUCUUCUCUGCAGAAAGGGCUGAGGCGACGCCCUUCUCCUCCUCAAAACUUUCCGAAAUCCUUAACAUCUUUAGCAUCGAGCGCGACUCGGCUGAGACUGUAGCUAUCCAGCGUACGCUGGCAGAGUGUGAGGAGCCACCGCUCGACGGCGAGAGAAAGCGCUGCGUCACGUCAAUGGAAGCCAUGGUGGACUUCAUCAAGGCCGAGCUGAGCAGCAGGGAUGUGCAUGUCGUUGAGACGACAGUGACAGGCGGAGUGCCGAGGCAGGAAUAUGUGGUGGGAGUCAAAGGAGCGCGCCGCGUGAGAGCGGAGGCUUUGGUGUCUUGCCACCCAGAGCCAUAUCCAAGAGCAGUAUAUUAUUGUCACACGACAUCGAACAUUGAGGUAUAUAAGGUGCAUUUGGUGGGCGCAAAUGGAGUGGCAGUGGACGCUGUGGCGACGUGCCACAUUGAGACCUCGACAUGGGAUCCGAAUUACGCAGGCUUCAAGAUGCUGAAGGUGAAGCCAGGAACUGAACCCAUUUGCCACUUUCUGCCGCUAGGCCACCUUAUCUUCGCAGGCCUGUCAAAGAAGGAUAGUUUUGCACUCUAACUUGAGCCAUCUUUAACAUCAUUAGUGUUGUCUAUGCUAAGGAAGUUCUUCACUGUUUUAAGUGAAUGUUGCUAAUAAGCUAUUAUGUGAGUCUUUCUAGUUCGAAGCUGCGAGUUAUAUGAGUAGUAAUAUGUGCUCUAUGAGAGAAAUAUGUUUAUAUACUAUGUGAUUUAGCUGUUUUUCAAUUAUGAAAAAUAUGGGCUCGUUGAUCU